CGAUGUGCUGACGUCACCACGCGUCCGCAACGGCCCUGCUGGCCCCGGGGGCCUUCGGGAACUACGCCCGGAUACCAGGCCGACAGAAUCUCACUGCGGGCGGCGUCUCGCCUGGGCGGCGGUGUGGGGCGCCAGAGGCGGUGAGUGCAGGUCCUUCGGGCGGGCCCGGUGGGGCGGCUUCCCGGCGGAGGCCGCGCAGAAGCGACCAGGCCGCGGCUGCCCGAGUUCCGCCGUCAGCCGGGCCCCUGCAGUCCAACGGGGUCUCAAAGGCCCGGCUGGUUCCCCGGUCUCCUCAGGCCUCCGCCCGCUCGCCCAGCCUUCGGACCUCCGGCUUGCGCUUCCAGGUCUUCGGCGGCUCACGGCGACAGCUUGACCACUGCGAUGCCUGGCUCGUAGUCGGACAGUGUGUGGAGCGAAGGAACUCCAGGAGAUUGUAGGGGGAAGGCAUCGUUUCUCUUCCGUUUCCCGUCUACCGGUCGCCCACCUGUGCACGGAGAGCAAAGUCGGAAAGUGCCAAAUCAAAAUACCUUUCAGAACAUGGGAAGAGCCAGGCGCGGUAGUGUAGUCCCAGCACUUAGAAGGCUGAAAGGCAGGAGAAUUCCCACAAGCUUGAGAUUUACAGCCCCAAAGAGCCUUCAUUUCCACUCAUUUUUCCCAGAAAUAAAUCCCAUCAUGGAAAUCCUAAAACUUUAUAAAAGGAUGCAGUUUGAAUUCUGUGGAGUGUACUUUUGUAUAUGAAUAAUUAUAUCUUAAAACUGUUGAGAUUUCAGAAAGAAUGCUAGUAAAGUAUGAUACAUUUUCAAAAUAGUAAUUCUGUUGGUAAUAAGAUAUUUUGUUAGGCAUUUGUGAUAACAAAAGAAAGCUGUAUCUUUUGAUAAAUUGAUUCAUCUUUGACUACAAUAUAGCGGGAUGAUCCCUAAAUGAAGCACAAGUCCAUGUUUUUCAAUGCAGUGUAUUUAUGUUUAUGGAGAAAGUACUGUCCAUUGAUCAGAUGUAUCAAAUGAUGGACACAGGCAGAAUUAACAAUAUAGUGAUCCAUAAUAGUUAACCAAGGUGGAAGAUUAACAGUCUGAGCUUUAAGCAGAGCUUAUUGACCGCAUCUGCUGUAGUCUUAACUAAGCUGAUGUUAACUUCCCCUAAAGCUACUGAUGCUAAUAGAACCCUUAAGUAAAUACUGUGAUGAUAAGCUGUGUGAGAUUAGUUUUUAGAUUAUAUAAACAUGUGAAAAGUGUAGUUGCUUUUAUUUGGUAGAAAAAAAAAGAAUAGUUUGGAUGUCAUAUUUAAAGUCCUUAUAAGGGAAAAAAGCCUGCUUAUUUUUCUGGUGUAAUCAGUAAUCUGUCCAGUAUGCAGACUUGUAAUGAAAAACAAAUUAAAGAUAUAAUUAGAUAUUAUGUAAUUGCUUAGCAUUUUGAGAAUAGAAACUUUUUGAGAAAGCAAGACUUUCUGAUAUUUUCAGAAGUGCAUAAACUUUCUGGGAGCCUUUAGUUAUACCAGAGUGUGAGUAAAUACCUCUGUUGGUUACCUAAAGAGUUAAUAGAGUUCCAAAGAGUAUAUAAAUAUUAUCUUGGUAAUUUAGGAGAGAGAAUCAUCCUGUGUGAGUGUAGACUCAGAUGUAAUCCAGUGCAUUCUACCUAAAUAGGAGUAUUUUAUUCCUCUGUAUGGUGAAGAUCUCAUUUAGUGUGAGGAGGUGAGAAAUUUCAUGUGAAAGUUUAAGCCAUCAGAAAUAUAUCACCUCAUGCACAAAACUACCUCCCAAAGUGUUGUCCAAGGUACCUGCAUCAAAGAUAAACGGAUGAUGGAAGAUAGCAGAGUCUUGCCAAAUUGGACAAAAGAGAGCAAAGAAAAGAUGAAGUACGACUUUUCGUGUGAACUCUACAGAAUGUCCACGUACUCCACUUUUCCCGCUGGAGUUCCUGUCUCAGAAAGGAGUCUGGCACGCGCUGGUUUUUAUUACAUGGGUGUGAAUGACAAGGUCAAGUGCUUCUGCUGUGGCCUGAUGCUGGACAACUGGAAACACGGAGACAGUCCUAUUGCAAAGCACAGACAGCUGUAUCCCAGCUGCAGCUUUGUGCAGAGUCUGGUUACAGCUAGCCUGCAUGCCACUGCUAAGAAUGCCUCUCCAGCAAGAAGCAGUUCUGCGCAUUCUCUGUCUUCUGCUUUGGAACACAAUGCCUUAUUCAGUGGUUCUCCCUCCAGCCUUCCGUCAAACCCUCUUAAUUCUGGAGCAGUGGAAGACUUCUCUCCAGCAAGGACUAAUCCCUACAGCUAUGCAAUGAGUACUGAAGAAGCCAGAUUCCUUACUUACAGCGUGUGGCCAUUAAGCUUUCUAUCACCUUUAGAAUUGGCGAGAGCUGGCUUUUAUUAUAUUGGACCUGGAGAUAGGGUGGCCUGUUUUGCCUGUGGUGGAAAGCUCAGUAACUGGGAACCAAAGGAUGACGCUAUGUCAGAACACCGGAGACAUUUUCCCAACUGUCCAUUUUUAGAAAACUCUUUGGAAACACUGAGGUUUAGUAUUUCAAAUCUCAGUAUGCAAACACACUCAGCUCGGAUGAGAACGUUUAUGUACUGGCCAUCUAGUGUUCCAGUUCACCCCGAGCAGCUUGCAAGUGCUGGUUUUUAUUACGUGGAUCGCAACGAUGAUGUCAAAUGUUUUUGUUGUGAUGGUGGCUUGAGGUGCUGGGAAUCUGGAGAUGACCCAUGGGUAGAACAUGCCAAGUGGUUUCCAAGGUGUGAGUUCUUGAUACGCAUGAAAGGGCAGGAGUUUGUUGAUGAGAUUCAAGCUAGAUAUCCUCAUCUUCUUGAACAGCUGUUGUCAACUUCGGACACUCCUGAAGAAAAUCCUGACCCUCCUAUCGUGCAUUUUGGCUCUGGAGAAGGCACUUCAGAAGAUGCGGUCAUGAUGAACACACCUGUGGUUAAAGCGGCUUUGGAAAUGGGCUUCAGUAGAAGCCUGGUAAAACAGACAGUUCAGCGUCAAAUCCUGACCACCGGCGAGAACUACAAAACCGUCAGCGAUCUUGUGUCAGCACUUCUGAGCGCUGAAGAUGAAAGAAGGCAAGAGGAGAAGGAGAGGCAAGCUGAAGAAGCAGCUUCAGGCGACUUGUCAUUAAUUCGGAAGAACAGAAUGGCCCUCUUUCAACAAUUGACAUGUGUCCUUCCUAUCCUGGAUAAUCUUCUAAAGGCCAAUGUAAUUAAUAAACAGGAACAUGAUAUUAUCAAACAAAAAACACAGAUACCUUUACAAGCAAGAGAACUGAUUGACACCAUUUUAGUUAAAGGAAAUGCUGCAGCCAACAUCUUCAAAAACUGCCUAAAGGAAACUGACUCCACAUUAUAUGAAAACUUAUUUGUGGAAAAGAACAUGAAAUACAUCCCAACAGAAGAUGUUUCAGGUUUGUCAUUGGAAGAGCAACUGCGGAGAUUGCAGGAAGAGCGAACAUGUAAAGUGUGUAUGGACAGAGAAGUUUCUAUUGUAUUUAUUCCUUGUGGACAUCUGGUGGUAUGCCAGGAAUGUGCCCCUUCUCUAAGGAAGUGCCCGAUUUGCAGGGGUAUAAUCAAGGGGACUGUUCGUACAUUUCUCUCCUAAGUGAAAAAUAAGCUGGGUCUUAGCCUGUACUGAGAUCUUUAAAGUAUUCUUGGACACCAGAAGCCGUCUGAAACAAAAAAUGAAUAACUGGUUCUUCAGCUAGGACAUUCAUGUCUGUUCUGCUUGGGACUUAAUCUUGUUCAUGAAAGGUAGUAUUAUAUAUUUAGUAUUACUCUGUUUAGUUGCAAGGGAAGGUGUAUGUUGGAUGAGGUAAAGCAUAUAUGUUUGAGCACAGGAGAAGUGAUGGGGUGAUGCCAGUUGUGUCAUUUUAGGAGUUACUGGACUUGAUAUUCUUUGUAAAGACGUUGGUACCAAGGCACAGUGUAGCGUAGAACUGGAAACCCAAAGCUCUGGAAUUCAGCGGAGCUGGGCUGCCACAUUCUAUUUGGUGCUUUUCACUUCUGUAAAGUAAGGAUUUUUCUGUUACCAGUCGAUAAAAUUCUCCCUAAUUUGUGAAAAAUAUCAAUAAAGUGCUUUGAAAAGGCUUCAAA